GAGAGUGGCGAGUGCUGGGCUCCGCUCCCUGCCCUGGGAAUUACUCCCGUCGCAGAAAACCAGCAAAAGAGUCAAGUAGGCUGCCGAGGAUGGCAGAUGGAGUUUAUCAAGCGGCGCUGUAGCCUGACCACAAACCUGCAAACUCACCCAAACUGCCUGGAACCGUAGGCAGCUGUCAGCAGCCAGGACUCCUACCCGAAGCGAGGUGGAAGUGCAAACAAGCAGCGAGAAAAGCCCCUGCCUGCACUCGUGCUUACUACACAAAGUGUUCGUCUCAAGCUGGGAGGUUAAACUAAACCUUCACAAAAAUGCAAGCCUUGUAACUCGCGAUAGUCAAUGUAGGCUGCUCUGGAACCGUGCCGCGACGUACACACAGGGGCCACGCCAGCGGCCCCCCCACGCCCACGGCAGCCCCUCAGCUCCGGCGAGGCCGCGCCUCCGGCAACGCCUCCGCAGCUCCCUCCUCCCUCUCAGGGGCCGUUCCCGCCGGCAUGUUCCGGUCUGCGCCGGGGCGGGCAGAGGGAACGGGUGGUGGGGGUGCUCAGCUAUGUCGGCAGAGUCGGAGGAGGACCUGGCGGCUUUCGUGGCCCUCCACGGGGCCGCGCUCCGCGCAUCGCGGGUGCCGGCGUGCUACUGGGAGAGCCUGUGCCGCAAGCUGCGCGGCGAGGUAUUUGAUGCUGGUGACUACUUUGGGAUAAUGCAAGUAGAAGAGGUGGAUGAGGAGGAAGAAGGUGAUGAAGAAAUGGAAGAAGAGUUAAAAAAGAAACCAAAUCCUGGAAGUGAACCUAGCUUCAAAGUUAUAGUAACAAAUGAGAAUGGUCUUCAGGCCUCUAAUCCCAACAGCAUUUUCCUCAUCGACCACGCCUGGACAUACCGUGUGGAGCAAGCCCGCCAGCAGCUGCUGCACAUACCUGGUUUACUGCACAGGAUGGCAAACCUCAUGGGAAUCGAUUUCCACGGAGAGCUGCCAGACGAGGGCAGUGUUGAGCAAGUGCUGAAGGAAAUGUGGAAGUACAAUCAGACCUAUCAGCUUUCUCAAGGGACUGCAGAGGAGAAGGUUCCUGUCUGGUACAUUAUGGAUGAAUUUGGAUCACGCAUUCAACAUUCGGAUGAGCCUAGCUUUGCAACAGCCCCUCUGUUUUAUAUGCCUCAACAGAUUGCUUACACUCUUCUCUGGCCUUUAAGAGACCUUGAAACUGGCGAUGAAGUGACUCGAGAUUAUGCCUACGGGGAAACGGAUCGCUUGAUCAGGAAGUGUAUUUUGUUACCCUGGGUGCCUGCUGAAGUGUUGGAUGUGAACUGUUUUACACCAGAGCCAUCUGAUGAGUAUUACCAGGCUAUUUUAGCAGAAAACAAGGAGAAACUGCCUGUAACAAUAAAGCCACCAGUUCAUGACAAAGACAAAGUUUUCAAAGUUUUCACAGACAUUCAGCAAGUCCUCAGCAACCUGACACAUCCCCGUUUUGUGUUCACGGACAACGAGGCAGAAGCAGACAUCCUCUACAACUUCUCACACUUCAAAGAUUACAGGAAGCUAAGUGAGGAAAGACCUGAGGUAAUGCUGAAUCAGUUCCCUUGUGAGAACCUCAUAACUGUCAAGGAUUGCCUGGCAUCCAUAUCUAGACGAGCUGGAGGACCAGAUGGGCCAAGAUGGUUGCCUCGUACAUUUAACCUCCAGACAGAAUUGCCUCAGUUCAUCAGCUACUUUCAGCAGCGUGACAGAAGAGGAGAAGACAAUCACUGGAUAUGCAAACCAUGGAACUUGGCCAGAAGCCUGGAUACACACAUCACCAACAACCUUAAGAAUAUCAUCAGGCAUAGGGAAAGCAGUCCAAAGGUAGUGUGCAAAUACAUUGAGAAUCCAGUCCUGUUUCACCGAGAAGAUGUGGGGCUGGUUAAAUUUGACAUCCGUUACGUUGUGUUGCUGCGCUCUGUGAAACCGCUCAGGCUCUACAGUUAUGAUGUGUUCUGGCUGCGCUUCUCCAACCGGGCAUUUUCACUUGAUGACUUGGAUGACUAUGAGAAGCAUUUCACAGUCAUGAAUUAUGCUCCUGGUGUAACAUUAAAACAGGUACACUGUGAAGAAUUUGUUCCUCUGUUUGAAAAACAAUAUCCAGAAUAUCCUUGGAUAACAGUACAGGCAGAUAUUUUUAAGACAUUUGCUGAAUUGUUUCAAGCUGCUUCAGCUAAACCUGCGCCUCUUGGCAUCUGCAAUUAUCCAUCAUCAAGAGCAAUAUAUGCCAUUGACUUGAUGCUUAAGUGGGACACCAGCAGAGAUGGAAAAAGAAACAUGCAGCCUCAGAUCCUGGAGGUCAACUUUAAUCCUGACUGUGACAGAGCCUGCAAAUACCACCCCACCUUUUUUAAUGAUGUCUUCAGCACCCUGUUUCUGGAUGAAACAGACGGCUGCCACGUGACACGCAUUGUCUAGCCACAGGAGGUUUGACUCUAUCCUUCUCAGAUAUGCUUUACAGCAAGAUUUAUAUUUCAGUUCUGUGAGCUGCUGGUGCAACUCUUUUCCUGUACUAAUAACACAGGGGGGGAAAAAGGUAUCAGAACCACAUGCAUACGCUGUACUGAUCAUCAAUUCAUCUGCAUUUUCCUUGUCUGGCUUAGUUGUAUAAAUCAUCAAUUUGAGUUGGUAAAAUAUGGGAGACCUUGAACAGGACAGUAGCUGGAGCUGUUGCCUUGUUUUUCAGAUAACCUAAUUCCUUGCUUGCUGAGAAACACUGCAUAAGUUCCCCAUGUCAACAAUAAAACUACAAUUUACUGAA